AUGACUCCUUCAAAUCCGACAACAUCGCAACCAGAAAGGAACACUGCAACAAAACCCUUACCUGUCUUCAGUCCAUCAAAACAAUCUGAAUCUAUUCCAGAAUCAACAAAGACAUUUUGCAGAGAUGAGCCCUCCAAGCAGACUUUUUUUCACCUCUACAAUCCUAUAGGGCAAGCGUUUGGGGCUAGGAGCAUUCCAAAUAUAAAAGACAAAUUGAUAGGGGGCAUCUCUGAAAAACCACUUCUAGGACAAUCUUCACUUCCAAGCUCACCAGCAAGCCCACUCAUUUCACCACACACAAUAUUUUCACCAAGUUUACCAAGCUUACCAUCUGGAUUAUUUUUAGGGGCUAGGGUAUUAGAAACUACCCCAAGUCAUUUAAAGCAGAAGAACAAUGAGUCGCUACGUGGUGAAAACCAACUAGAAAGAUCAUCAGGGAAGCACAAAUGUCGCUUCUGUGCAAAGGUUUUUGGCAGUGACAGCGCCCUUCAAAUACACCUUCGUUCUCACACUGGGGAACGACCAUACAAAUGCAAUAUAUGUGGAAACCGUUUUACUACCAGAGGGGCACUUAGGCUCCAUUAUAACCAACAUGGAGGGGAAAGACCAUUCAAGUGUAAAAUAUGUGGGCGGGCAUUUUCAACUAAGGGCAAUUUAAAAGCCCAUUUUGUAGUGAGACGCAGCCCUAAGCAGCAUCUGUGCAUAGUUUGUAAGAAGAUGUUCUCAUCGGCCAGUGCAUUGCAGAUUCAUGAGCGGAUUCAUACAGGAGAGAAGCCUUUUUCCUGCAAUAUGUGUGGAAGGGCGUUCACCACAAGGGGGAACCUUAAGGUAGGUUCUCCAGCUAGAAGAUCACCUUGUAACAAACACUAA